CAGCUAGAAUACUCUAGUCAGUGGAGGACCUAUCCGGCUUCCUGCAUCGCGCGCAUAACACACUUGAGAUCCACAAACGAACCAACCGUCUCUCCACAAACCACCGCAUCGGAUCACCAACCUCCAACUACUACGCACCCAGAAAGAAGCCUUUGAAGUACCGAAAACAAAAUGGGGGCUUUGCUCUCCAUUCCGUUCCUGGCCGUGCCCAGUAUCACGACUGUUGGCUCGUUCGUCGCGUCGUGUUGCGGCGCUGCAGCGUGUUCGGCCAUAUGUAGCGCUUGCGGGAAGUGUCAGGGCAGCAUGGCUACGAGAAUCACCUAUGCCUUGUUGUUCCUCGUCAACAGUAUCCUAUCGUGGAUCAUGCUCACGCCCUGGGCGAUCAAAAAGAUCGAGCACCUCACGCUGGACACACUUCCGAUCAGCUGUUUCGGCGAGCAGUGCUGGGGCUUCGUUUCGGUACACCGCAUCAACUUCGCACUCGGCGUUUUCCACUCGGUUCUAGCGGUUCUACUCCUCGGCGUUCGGAACUCGAGGAGUGGUCGCGCGGCUAUUCAGAAUGGUUACUGGGGACCGAAGAUCAUGGCGUGGCUGCUGCUGAUCGUCCUCACAUUCUUGAUCCCCGAGAAGUUCUUUAUCGUCUGGGGCAACUACUUUGCGCUGGUCGGCGCUAUGCUGUUCUUGCUGCUCGGUCUGGUGCUGCUCGUGGAUCUGGCGCAUAGCUGGGCUGAGACGUGCUUGGCUAAGAUCAUGGAGAACGACGAUUCGCGCAUCUGGCGCGGCAUCCUGAUCGGCAGCACGCUGGGAAUGUACAUGGGUGGUUUCGUGCUGACGAUAGUGAUGUACGUCUUCUUCGCCGGCGAAGGAUGCAAGAUGAACCAGGCCGCCAUCACCGUCAACCUCCUCCUCUUCCUGAUCGUCUCGUUCAUCUCGGUCCACCCGACGAUCCAGGAAUACAACCCCACCGCUGGGCUGGCUCAGUCGGCCAUGGUCGCAGUCUACUGCUCCUACCUCACCAUGUCCGCCGUGUCGAUGGAACCCGACGACCGCCAGUGCAACCCGCUCCUCCGUGCGCGCGGCACCCGCACCGCCUCCAUCGUCCUCGGCGCAAUCGUAACCCUCCUCACGAUCGCCUACACGACCACCCGCGCCGCGACCCAAGCCCCCGCCCUCGGCCGAUCCUCGUCUCCAUCCAACGGCGGCUACUCAGCGCUCGACGCCGGCGACAACGAACACAGCCUCAUCUCGACGGAGCCGACGCGCGCGCAGAUGCGGCAGGAAGCGCUUCGCUCCGCCGUCGAGUCCGGUGCGCUCCCCGCCUCCGCCCUCGACGAGGACACCGACGACGAGGAUGACAACAACAGCCGCUCCGGCGACGACGAAAAGGGCGGCACGCAGUACUCGUACUCGUUCUUCCACAUCAUCUUUGUUCUCGCGACCGCUUGGACCGCGACACUGCUCACGAUGAGCAUCGAGCCUGGAAAGGGCGACGAGGAGGGCUUCACUCCCGUCGGAAGAACUUAUGCUGCCUCCUGGGUCAAGAUCAUCUCCGCCUGGGUCUGCUAUGCGAUCUACAUCUGGACCCUUGUUGCCCCGUGGUUGUUUCCCGAUCGGUUCGAUUACUAGAGUUCCGUAGCAGUAGAUGCUUGGGCUUUGGACGAGGACUGGCAAUUGAGAGUGGCGUUUUUCUUCUUUGCGUCAGCGAUUGUUUUGUUUUGCUUUGGCUUGGUCGUUGUUGUAAUGCUUGUGCUUGUGCUUGUGCUUGUGCUUGUGC